AUGAAAUGGAGAACACGAGCCUGUCACGAGGUGCAAACGGAUGGUGAACUAGAUGAUCUUAAACUUCAUGAUAGUCUAUCAUUGAUGCUCGAUGUUCAUAUUGGUACAUGGAUUGCUGGUCUUCUAUCACUUUUAUCACUGGGAGCCGCUAUUUCAUGGCCAUAUGUAAAAUUAAAUGGAAAUUUUUCAUCACAUUUAUUAGAAAUGAAAAGUACAAAUGAUUAUAUUAUCGUUAAUUUUUUUGUAUUUUGUUCUUAUACAUUUCAAUAUAUGAUGACAGCUGGUAUUCUCGAAUAUACAAAUCCAAAAGGAUUUGCAUCGAAAAAUUUGAACGAUGAAGAGCGAAAUCGAAGAAAACGACAAAUAAGGAAAGAAUUAGGUUUAGGAAUUGUGGCCAUGAUAAUUAAUACAACGUAUGCUGUAAAUUGGAUGUAUUUUGUUGAACCAUAUUUAUGGUAUUCUGAUUUUUUUGUUAAACGUUCCUAUUCUCUAAUGUGGUUUCUAUUAAAUGUUAUUGUCUAUGGUCUAGUAUUUGACACAUGGUUUUAUUGGACACAUCGGGCAUUACACGAAUCAUCUUAUCUAUGGGAUAAAAUUCACGUUGUCCAUCAUGCAUUCAAAGCUCCAUCGGCAUUUUGUCAAGAUGCUGUACAUCCACUCGAAGGUUUAGUACAAGGAGCCAUGGGACAUUAUGUGGCAGCCAUCUUCUUUCCAUUUCAUCCAAUUGCUUUAGCAUUCUUCGGAUUAUUCACGUCCUGUUAUGCAAUUGCUGCACAUGAUGGCCGAAUUGGUGAUUUGAAUCAUCAUUAUGCUCAUCAUUCAAAAGGGAAGGGACGUUUACAUAAUUUUAAUUAUGGACUGUAUUGGCCUUUAUGGGACUGGAUAUGCAAUACAAGGUAUAAUGAUCGAAAAGAUGAACCAGUGACAAAAUCUAUUAAAAAUCAAGAAUGA